AUGGCGACGGACGAGGUUCCCUACCGGUCACCGGUACCGCUGGCAUUUGAAUUAGUCCAGCAUGUCGGUAUCUUCUUCGAAGAAAACCUCCACACUCAAGCACUUAGUCUCCUCUACAACACCCUUGCAUCCGGCACAGUCUCCUCAGCCCAAGCAGUGAUUCCUCAGCCACAGCAUCUGGCCGUCGCGGCCACCAUCCUCGUUCACCCAUCCACGACAACACGCGCCAAAUCGACGGAAGAGAAAGAAGCCGCCAAUGCAUCCCUCCGCCUCCUUCGACUUACGAACUCACUUGUCGGUCCUAUUGAUGCAAAGUUCAAUGUUGCCUUUGCCUUUACGCAUUUCGAAUCCUCGCGCUAUGGCUUACGGCGUCAGGAUAGCCCAGAGACUAGUGAGCUUAAAAACGGCGACACAAAACCCAUUAAGACGGUGAUCAGUGAUGCAGACUCGGUAUGGCAACGUGCAGAGGACUUCUGGCAUGUCGUCGGGUGGGCAUUCCGUUGUUCAGUGCUUCACCCGGAGAGGUGGGAGCGCUGGCAGAUCUGGCUGCAGUUCAUGUGCAACGUUCUCGAAGAUGACUGGAAAGAGCGCGAAAGAAAAUGGUUAGAGGCCAACGGAGGCGAGAGAGAACCCUCACAGGACGCUGAACCAGCCACGAAAGGGACACGCGGGGGCAAACAGGCGGCAGAGGACGACCUCGAGAUUUUCCGCGAGAGCUUGAUCUUUCAAUAUAUAAGCUCGAAUACCACGUCCGGACGAAACCGUCGGAUCCUGCGUGCUAUUUUUGCUGAUGGAACGCGAGAAGAGUUCAAGGAGGUAUACAGAAAAAAGGAAAUCACCAAGACCUCGAAAACAACGCAGAAUACCAAGAAGAGGGAAGUCGAAGUCAACAUCGACAAGAAUGAAUACGGCGACUACCUGGAUGAGUCAGGAGAAGAAUCCAACGACACACCUGACACAGUCUCACCUCCAUCCAAAGCAAAAGCCAAAGAAACCAGGUCUAGACGCGCCAAACGCACAAGACGAGGAACAAAAACCGACCUAGACCAAUCUACAGCCGCCAGCCCCAUCAGCCAAAUACAAAAAAUCACCCACGUCCAAGAGCCCGGGAGCGACCUCUCCUCCCUGGGCGGCUACGACUCCCUCUCUCUCCGCCAACAACUCCUAAGCAUCCUCUCCAGCGUCUCCACCCGCCUCCCUGAAGACUUCAUCCCCCUAGACGACCUCUACCACAUGUUCGUCGAAAACAUCCGGGGCCUCCCCCUCCCAAUCUUCCAACACUUCAUCAGCCCCUCAAUUCUCCCACACAUGAUCCCAGCCGCGCAAACAACCCUCUGCGAGCUCCUCCUCUUCGUCAUGCGCGAGAGUUCAGCACCUAGGUCUGACGACGAUUGUCUCCACCAGGAAAAGCUGGAAAAGUGUUUCUUACCCUACGCAGCGGCGAAUCCCAGCAUCGAGAAUAAUGCCAAGGUUUCGAUUCUGCUGGAGGCGCUAAUGGCGUUGCUGCAUAAGAGUGGGAUGCUCUUUGUUACGCCACGGCUUCGGAAGGUUGUUAAGGCUGGAGUUCUUAAGCGUGGUGAGAGGGCCGAGGAGGAGAGGAAGAGGUGA